AUACAACUCUAUCAAAACUAGAAGGCUCAACUAAUAAUAGACGACUAUGGCUGAAGGACAGCAGCUCAUAGAGGCCGGUGGCCAUCGUCACACCUCCGGAAAAACAGUUCUCUAUGCAUCACUCGCCGGAGUAGCUAUAGGUGGCCCACUUCUCGGCAUGAUGGGAUUCAGUUUCCUUGCAACUAUGACGUUGCUUCUAGUAACUUCACCACUGCUAAUUUUAUUCAGUCCGCUGAUAUUUGGCGCCGCCUGCGUCGUUGGUUUUGCUCUGUUAGGCUUCGCGAUGGCUGGCGCUAUGGCGAUUGCCGGGAUAUCGAUCGUGUCGUGGGUUUUUCGGUCGCAUACUGGCAGAAGGGCUGGGGGGUACCAGGGCGGAAGCGCCGGUAAGUUGUUGGAGGCGGUUGGUGCUGGGAAGGAAUGGGGUGGAUACUUGCAGCCCAAGAACUUGAUGAAUCGAGGCUAAUCCAUUUAAUUACGUGAAGAAGUCUUUUUUCCCCUUUUAAAUCAGUGAUAUGUAAUAUUAAUGUUUUUUAUAUGGUUCUUGUUAGUUUCCUUUUCAUUUUGUGGUGCUAUAAAAUGGACAGUAUGAAUAUGGAACGGUGGAAUAAAAUUGGAUAGAGUUGAGCUUU